UGAGUUUCGACUUUUGAGCGAGUGGGUUGAGUUUUGAGGGAAAGAGCAAAUAAUGUUGAGUGGUGGUGGCUCUCGUCUCUCGAAUCACCUACGUCAGCGAGACUGCGACCUCCGCCACCGCCACCACCACCAACCCCAACUUGGUUUUGGGUUCGUCUUUGGCUUUGGAUUGGGUACUCGAAUCGCUGGGCUACGAGUACGACGCUCUCUCAAACCCUUGUCUGCUCGUAGAAUCUCGUCUUUACGCUCUAUCAUUCAUUCCAAGUCUCCCCCCGACAUUCCUACACUCUCCCACUGUUUCAGCCAACAAGAAGACGACCGCGAGCUUCCCUCCGACGUAUUGUCCUCAGUCGCAGGAGGAAUAGUUGCACUGGGAAAAUUCGAUGCCCUUCAUAUUGGUCAUCGAGAGCUUGCCAUUCAAGCCUCAAAGGUCGGACCUCCAUUUCUUUUAUCAUUUGUUGGAAUGGCAGAAGUACUGGGUUGGGAACCUAGGGCUCCAAUAGUUGCCAAAUGUGAUCGAAAGCGGGUUCUUUCAACUUGGGCUCCAUAUUGUGGUAACAUGGUCCCUGCAGAGUUUGAAAUUCAAUUUUCAAGUGUUCGACAACUCACUCCACGGGAAUUUGUUGAAAAGUUAUUGAAAGAGUUUGGAGUUCGUGGGGUUGUGGCGGGUGAAAACUACCGAUUUGGAUAUAAAGCAGCUGGUGAUGCGAGAGAGCUGGUGAAGUUGUGUGAAGAAUACGGUAUGGGGGCUUACAUCAUAAAAUCUGUUAUGGACAAGAACCAACACUCCAUCAGCACGAACUCAGAUUCAAAAGACAGAGGACAAGUUUCAUCUACUCGUGUUCGCCGCGCCCUUGCUGUAGGAGAUAUGAAGUAUGUAUCUCAACUUUUGGGUCGCCAACACCGCAUGAUAUUGAUUGCAAAGGAGCAGGAAGGUUUCCGUUGGAGCAGACAUAAAUUGUCAGUUCCAAAGUCGUGUAUGUUAAAUUUAGGUCCAAAAGAGGGUCUAUAUGGGAAGUGUGAUCUCUUAAUUGGUGAUGAAGGCGAGCUAGUAGUGCCAUGUAGUGUAGUAAUUGACACAGCAUAUAUCCACAUAGAAAUGGAUGAGGUAGGUGUAGGUAUGUAUGAUGAUAUAGUUAGUAGUAAACAGGAUGUGAGGCUCUUACGUAUUGAAUUUGGUGAUUUGGAAUCUUAGAGUAUAUGUUGAAUCUCAUUUUGAUGAUUGCCUUCCCUGAUAGGGUUGUUGGAUGCGCGAAAUGCUAAUGGGUACAUUUAGUUUGUUGCGUGCAGAA